AAUAACAAUGUAAUUAUCCUACAAUUCUGAGAUGUUACAUUGUUUUGUACAUGUAAUUAUAAAUAUUCCUGCUUCAUUUAUGUAGGUUGUGUUUGUAUUGUAUUCUUUUAUUGUCGCUUAAAAAAAAAAAAACAAUUCAUUGUUCAUCACGUGACCCGCGUUUACGUAUCCACGUGAGGUAUUUUAGAAUCCAACGGGAGCGAUGACGUCACGUCAGGGCGGAAGUCUCCACGCCGAUUGGCUGUGGGUGACCCGCCCCCAGAGCCGCCAUUUUUAAAACCAAAACACAAACAGAGCAGCUGUGUAUGGUGUACAGAGCACGUGCGGGGAGUACAGCGGACAGCGGGGGACAGCAGGGGACAGCGGGGGGACAUGGAGAAGUGGACGGACGAGGACGUGCAGGCGUUACUGAACAUUUACUCCGAGGAGAACAUCCAGAGGGAGUUCGAGUCCUCGGCGCGGAACGCGCGCGUGUACCAGCAGAUUUCGGCUCGUCUGGAGGAUCUGGGGAUCAGUCACAGUCCGCAGCGCUGCCGCGAGAAGAUCAAGAAGAUGAAGCAGGACUACAAGAAGAUCAAAGAUCACAACCAGCUGAACGGAGCGAACCGGCGCAGCGGGAAAUGGUUCGAGCGGCUGGACGCGAUCCUGGGAGCGAGGAGGGGGCGUGGCCACGAGCCGGACUGUGGGCGGAGCGAUGAGAGCGGGGGCGGAGUGUCUGCGCUGCUGGAGCCGCUCACUGACGCGCACGAGGACGACGCGCACGAGGACGAGGAGGAGGGGGAGGAGGAGGGGGAGGUGUCCUUCACCGAGGACGAUCAGUACUCCGAGCUCAGCUUCGGCUCCCCCGCGGCCCCCGGCAGGCCCGCCCCCCGCCCGGCCACGCAGCCACACCUCCGAGCCCCCGGUCCGAGGAAGAGGAGGCGUGCUGGAGACGUGCUGGAGGUGCUAAGGGAGCUGGAGGAGGAGCAGAUGGAGGCUCUACGGCGAGACUAUGAGCAGAGGGAGCGUCACUUUACGCUGCUGCUGCAGCACAUUAGGGACGAGUUCUCUGUGCGACAGGAGGAAGUCGCUCGGGCCAGACGACAGCAGGCAGACUUCCAGCAGGGGGUGCUGUCUCUCCUCAGUCAGCUCGUCCACGUCCUCAGCAGCAGGACCGUCCCCUCGUCCCCACCCGUCGACUGACCCCUCUUUCUCUCUCUCUCUCUCUUUCACAUCAGUGUUUUAUUUUUGAUCUUUAAUUUGCACCCUGUUGUUUAAUUGCACUUUAAAUCCAGCUUUCAGUCUUUAUUCUUUUCAUUAGUAUUCUAAUCUUUAUCCUGUUUAUAAUGUAAUAUAUUCUUAUUAAACUGAAUUCAGCUUCAAGUCUU